AUGGGGAACGCAGUUUCAGAGACGUGCGUGUGAUGCUUCACGUCACAAGAAGAAGACUCUUCAUUGCCAGAAAAUGAAUUGCAAGAGACCAAUACCACGCCUCUUCUCCUUUCUCAGCCAAAAGCCCAGACAAAGCCUCUUAGCUCAGUUCGUGAAGAAAGAAAAUCAGUCACCUCGGUCGAGCUCAACGAAACUCCAAGAGGGACCAGUUUUGACACAAAAAACACUGACCCGCUGCAAGAAGAAAAAAAGUCAGUCGCCUUGGUCGAGCUCAACGAAAAGCCAAAAGGGCCAAGUUUUGAUGUAGAACUUCUCGUGAGUUUAUUAGAUAAAGCGACCACUGAAUUUGUCCAGCAUCUCGAGCUACCUCUACAAGAAGAAGGGAGCCAAGAAAUGAUGAAUAAAGAUGGGUUUUUGAUAUAUUCGAAAGAAGUCCCUGAAGGAAUUAUGAUGAAGGCCCAAUGGCUUAUGCCGUAUGCAGCCAAAGAAUUUUUUGAAUUUUUAGGAAAUGCAGAAGACAGAUGUAGGUGGGAUAAAAGUUUGGAAAGUGUAAGCAUUAUAGCGAAAUAUCCGCCAGAUAUAGUGGUGACCCACUCGAAAUUCAAAAAAGUCCCUAUGAUUUCUCCUAGAGAUGUGCUACUUGUGAGCAGGGUAGUGAAGGCACUUAAUGGGUCGGUUAUAAUAAAUACUUCAUGUGAGCAUGGGGAAUUGGAGCCAACGGAGAGCUUUGUGAGAGCCACUGUGAAGCUUAGUGGGUAUUAUGUUGAAACAAUUCCUACUGAUGAGGCUGGGAAUAAAAGUAGAGUUGUUUAUAUAAAUAUUGCGAACUUUGGAGGAAAAGUUCCAAAAUCUAUUAUUAAGUCGACAUCUGCAAAACACAUUCCAGGAUUUGUCAAGAAAGUGCACUCCGAAAUAGCUCUUAUAAUGGGUAAAUAA